AUGUCUCGAAGAUACGUUUCGGAGUACGUAACGAAGCAGCUUUGCAAUGUUGCUGUGUUGGAAAGCUUAACAGAGACUGGAUCCGCAGCCACUGCGGUUAUUGGGACACACAACGGUACAUUCCACUGUGAUGAGGCAUUAGCAUGUGGAAUGCUGCGGUGCACUUCACAGUUUGCCGCAGCGAAUAUUCUCCGCACCCGUGAUGCGAGUAAAUUGGAAAAAUGUCACGUUGUGGUGGAUGUUGGUGGUGUGUAUGAACCAGAGAAAAUGCGUUUUGACCAUCAUCAGCCCUCUUUUCAAGGGACUAUGACUACACCAAAGGCCACCUAUCACACACGACUCUCAUCUGCAGGUCUUGUGUAUAAACAUUUUGGACGGGAGAUUAUUCAAUCGUAUGUGGAGUCGGCAUUGGCUUCACCCUACCGUGAACAACUUCUCACUUCAGGGGAUUGGGGAUCCAGUAAGAAAAACAUGACAGAGGAGGAACUGGAUUUACUCUUUGAUGUGGUCUAUCGUAACUUUGUGGAGCAUGUGGAUGGUAUUGAUAAUGGUAUCAAUGCCUAUGGACCUGCUGAAGAUGUGGAAGCCACAGAGAAUUCGGAUUCUACGGCUAAUAUUAAUAAUGAUAAUAAUACUAAUAAUAAGGUUAAAUCGUCGUGUGUGCAAAAGUACCGGGUGACGACGACACUCUCGGAUCGUGUGGGUGAUCUUCUCCCGUGGUGGAAUGAAGAGAAUCACGAUGAUGAUGCGGCCAUCAAUGCUGGAUUUCUGCAGGCCGUCUCUCUCGCCGCAUCGGAGUUCUUCCACUGUGUGCACUUCCACACCUUUGCGUGGCUGCCGGCCCGUCGCCGAGUGGCGGCUGCCUUCCACGACUCGUAUCGCAUUCACCCCAGCGGCCGCAUUGUCGUUCUCCCCGGCCCCGCCGGCUGCCCAUGGAAGGAACACCUGCGGGAUCUCGAGAAGGAGGAGGCCGCAUUAGUGACGGCUGCUGGAAAUAAUAAUGCGAAGAAAAACGAAAAAGAAGGAGAAGAAGAAAAAGUAAAGGGUGAAGGGCGGGUGUUGUAUGUUCUCUUCCCCGAUGGCCGCGGGGGUUGGCGCGUGCAGGCGGUGGGAGUUGACGCGGCGGGAUUUGCCCUUCGGCGGCCGCUGCCGUGGCGGGGACUCCGCGGGGCGGAACUGCAGGAGGCGAGUGGAGUGCCGGGCGGUGUGUUUGUGCACGCCUCGGGGUUUAUUGGGGGAAAUGAGACGUACGAGGGGGCACUGCAGAUGGCAAUAAAGGCCCUCACAACCGUCUAA